GCAGCGAGAUAGCUAACGCGGGGAGAAGCGGCAAGAAGAGCCGAAGCGAAGUUAGAAGGGAACCUCAGCUUGCCGCGCCGGUCCGCCAUGGGGUUGGAGGCAGCGCUCGAACUGGAGUGCGCGGAGCUAGGGGCGCUGCUGCGAGAGCCGCGGGAGGCCGAGCGGACGCUGCUGCUCGACUGCCGCCCCUUCCUGGCUUUCUGCCGGCGCCACGUGAGCGCCGCACGGCCAGUGCCGUGGAACGCGCUGCUGCGGCGCCGCGCUCGGGGCCCUCCGGCCGCCGCCCUUGCCUGUCUGUUGCCAGACCGCGCGCUGCGGGCGCGCUUGGCCCGCGGAGAGCUGGCGCGGGCCGUGGUGCUGGACGAGGGCAGCGCCUCGGUGGCUGAGCUCCGGCCCGACGGCCCGGCCCACUUGCUGCUCGCCGCGCUGCUGCACGAGAUGCACACCGGGCCCACCGCCGUGUGCUUCCUGCGAGGAGGCUUCGAUGGCUUCCAGGCCUGCUGCCCAGAUUUGUGCUCUGAGGCCCCUGCCCCGGCGCCGUCGCCUGCAGGGCCUGAAAACAGCCGCUCAGACCCUAGGGCUCCCUUCUAUGACCAGGGUGGCCCAGUGGAGAUCUUGCCCUACCUGUUCCUGGGAAGCUGUAGCCACUCGUCAGACCUGCAGGGUUUGCAGGCCUGUGGCAUUACAGCUGUCCUCAACGUUUCUGCCAGUUGCCCUAACUACUUUGAGGGCCUUUUCCACUACAAGAGUAUCCCAGUGGAAGACAACCAGAUGGUGGAGAUCAGCGCCUGGUUCCAGGAGGCUAUAGGCUUCAUUGGUAAGGGGGCACUCUGCCCAGAGAUCUGGAAGGGCUCCAGAGGAGGGAGUUCUUGUCUCCUGGCCUGUGCUCCUUCCGAUUUGACCCUUUCCCCAAUCUCCCUUGCAGACUCAGUGAAGAACAGUGGAGGCCGGGUGCUGGUGCACUGCCAGGCAGGCAUCUCUCGCUCUGCCACCAUCUGCCUGGCAUACCUGAUGCAGAGCCACCGAGUGCGGCUGGAUGAGGCCUUUGACUUUGUUAAGCAACGCCGGGGAGUCAUCUCCCCUAACUUCAGUUUCAUGGGGCAGCUGCUGCAGUUUGAGACCCAGGUGCUAUGUCACUGAGGCAGGACCCUUCUCUUACCUCCACGUGCUGGUUCUCACUGAUUCCUAGAGCUGUCGACUGUGGACAGGCUGGUGCCUCUCUGGCUCAAUACAUCCCCCUAACCUCUGGGAGGGCUGUUGCCUCCUUGGAGUUUGAAAAGUCCCCAAAUGGGGGCAGUAGGAAAGCUGGAGUGCUGGACUUUCUGACCUGGUGCUUUUCUGUUAGGGGACCAAGGGCUGGCCCUCAUUGAAGGGACAGGAAUGGAGGGUAUGUCUACACUCUCCUCCCUUAUCCUCUGGCAGAAAUUGGACUCUACACCCAUGGACUCUCUCUGAUCCAUCGCUACGUUGAAGCCCUUUGCUGCCUGAGAGUUCCAAGGAACAAGCUGUGACAAUUAGAAGCCCUGUCUGGGAGGUGGUCUGUCCCAGGGCCUGGAGCUGAGCCUUGUGUUCCUGGGGGAGCUGGGGACUCAGGAAGUGAGGCGUCUGUUGUGUUGUGGACCUCUUACGUGUGUGUUACGUGAGCAUUUCACGCCUGUGUUGGCGCUGGAAAGUUAUUUGUGUUCAACUGACAUUUAACACUCCCUCCCCACUUCCUCCCAGCCCUAUGGGCGGGGGUUGGAAACUUCGCACUUUAUAUUUAUAUAGCACAUUGAGGAUGUGUCAAUAAAAUAUUUUGUUUAAGAAAUAACAA